AUUCUCUCUAACCUCCCUUUGUGCUUGCUCUUAACUCUACAGGAACCAGUAAAGCCUGAAGAAGGUCGGGACAUGGCCAAUCGUAUUGGAGCAUUUGGCUAUAUGGAGUGUUCAGCAAAAACGAAAGACGGCGUACGGGAAGUGUUUGAGAUGGCCACGCGGGCAGCUUUGCAAGCCAGACGUGGAAAGAAGAAAUCAACGUGCCUUCUCAUUUAACUGAGCAACAUGCCGUAAUGCUCACAAAACCCUUUCCCCAAGACUCCUGCAGGAGACGACAUGCCGGUGCAGCAAGGGAUGAACUCCACGGCAUCUGUACAGUCACAGAAAAAUUCUUGAAGUGAUGUUCUUUAAUCUUUAGAGUGUUCUUACAGGCCUAUUUGUCUUUUUUUUUUUUUUUUCUCAUUUAUUCUGUAUUGAGUUAAGAUAUUUUAUAAAAGUCACCUUGCUACCAGUAUUUAAAAGCCAACUUUUUUUUUCCUUUUGGUAUAUAUAAAUAUAAUAUGUAGCAACAGAUCUGUCCGUGCACCAGACUAACUUUGACAUUCCACUGUAAUCCCAGUUUGUGCCAGGAAGCCUGAGUAGAUUGGGGUCAUUAUGUAUCCAAGCUUUAUUAACAGAGUAACACCCCUUGAUAUUGCUGCCAAAACUUGUAGCAGAAGAUAAGUUUUAUACCUUUAUCUUGCCCAUUUCAUAUUGCACAAGUCAGUUGUCAGUGUUUUUAAUCUCACUUAAAAUGUGGUUAACAGAUUGCUAUCGUAACCCUCCUGACACGCCUUUUUCCACUUUAUUAGUGUAGUUAUCUUACGCAGGGGUAAGGUCUCCCUAAACCUGAUGCCAUAGACUAUUAAAUGGUGCCCAAGAAAAGAAGACACCUGGCACUUUACAUAAACAGCCCCCUAAGAUCAAGUUUACGCAGGCAAUUUCCAUGUUGAAUAACUUGUUGCUCUUUGAUCCACUGUUUCUAGAUUUUUGAAUCUGAUAAAUUUGUAACCACAGAAGUUUGACUUUUUCAAGUAGUUAAUGGUGCAGCCAGCGUUUCAGCACUACAGAAAUGCCUGUAGGGAGGGGUGCAAGGGUCCCAGAGUGUGGGAUGGGUGUUAUGUAAAAUUUACGCAACUGCUGCAGUGCAUAAAGAUGACCCUUUUUGCUGCUACUAGGCUCUGGCAGCAGUAGGGUUACUUUGUGAUGGUUACGCUGAAUUGUCCAUUUUACUCUUUGUGGCAUUGGUAAAUAAAAACAAUUUCUAGAACUCUUGUUAUAUAUUGACUUUAUAGAUGAGAAUAAUGCUUCUGUACAAAUGUGGGCGGAUGUGACUUUAUAGGUAUUAAUAAAACAUUAGUAGUUUCAGACAAUAAAACUAUCAGCCGAGAGACUUUAGUCCUAAUUUUGUGUGUUCGGUUACAUAUGGAUUCUGCAAGUCAUUUGAUAUGGGUUGGGCAUAAAUUUAAGAGUAUAAUUAGAGUUAAAAUGGCACUUUGCUCCUUGCAGAGCACUGAACUAAAAAGGGCAUUUAAAUAGUUUUGUUAGUCAUUUCUCAUCACAAAUGUAUUAAGGCCUGUGAAGCAAUCACUCUGUUCAAAUUUUCACUUUUGUUUUUUGGCCAGUCAGUGCUUUGGAAAUUAUUUGUUCAUGUAAAAUUACCGUAUUCACUUAUAAAUAAUUUUUGUCAGCUUGUUUCUUUUCUGAAUUUUUUUUUUUUUUUCUGUCCCACAACCACUUAGUGUUGUAUUAAUGCAGCCUUUAUUACAUCAACCUAUAGAAAUAUACUAGCCUCAACUCUAGGGACAGGCAGGUUAGGUUGUAAGUUUAUAUUAGCUGAAUUCCCCUGACAAGUGCUUUCUUUGUUUAAAGCUUCUGAUUUUUCAGAAUGAUCCAUUUGAGGGUUCUUGUUUACUGUGGGAAAAUUGCAGGAUUUUAUAUCACACUUUGUUUUUUUUGUGUUCUAACUUAAGUUUUCACUUUUAAAAUUUGGAGAUUUAAAUAGCCGUUUUAGUGAUAAAAUUACUCAUUUGUGAGCCAUGUGGCAAAGCUACGUGUUGAACCACUGCAAAAUGGUUAAAGUACCUCUCUAAAACGGCGGCUGACCCAAUCGGCAACGCUAGUGAUAAAAUGACAUGCUCUUACAAAAUAGCCUUAAAGGAACACUGAACCCAAACUUUUUCUUUUGUGAUUCAGAGAGCACGACAUUUUAAGCAACUUUGUAAUUUACUAUUAAAUUUUCUUCAUUCUCUUGGUAUCUUUAUUUGAAAUUCAAGAAGUUUAGAUGCCGGCCCAUUUAUGGUGAACAACCUGGGUUUUUGCUGAUAAAUUAAUCCACCAAUAAAAAAGUGCUGUCCACAGUCUGAACCCAAAAAAAGCUUAGAUGCCUUUUUCAAAUAAAGAUAGCAAGCGAACGAAGAAAAAUUGAUAAUUGGAGUAAAUUAGAAAGUUGCUUAAAAUUACAUGCUCUAUCUGAAGCAUGAGACAUAUAUUUUGAGUUCAGUGUUCCUUUAAUAUUCAAUGGUUCUUAUUAUAGUGAUGACAUUAACAAAUUAGAACAAUUUCACUUUGUCACUUUAAUAGCUAAUAGUAGUUUAUUUUAACCACUGUUCUCCCCCCACCCCCGCAUCCAUGUAAACUAAGUAGCCCUGUGUUCUUGCUCUCUAACUAUUUAGCACUGUUUUUGGGGGGUUUUCUAAUUGGUAUAUCUAACUUAAAAAAAAUAAAAUAAAAAAUAAAAAUACCCAGAGAUUUUAAGUGUUUUUUGAAUUUUAGAAAGAUGCUUGAGAAAAAACGGUUUGUCAAGUGAGCUUCAAUUUCCUAUAUGAAGGCCUUUGUAACCUUGUGUAAUAAAAGAUAAAAUAAGUAAUCUA